AUGGUAUGGAUUUUAAACCUGGGAUGUUCAUCUCUGGAGAAACUUCUGCUGGUCAAAGUGGAGAAAGAUCCUUUUUUAUUUCUCCCAGAAGAUGAGUGGUUCUGCUCCAAAAUAGUGGUGACGACUCCAGAAGGAGAAGCCAUUCUUUUCCCCUGUUACAGAUGGAUCUCCAGGGGAGAACUGGUGGAGCUGAGAGGAGGGAAAGCCACGAAGGUUUUUGAGGACGACCAUCCCCUGUUGACUGACCACAGGAAAAAUGAGCUGAUGCUUAAAAAGACUUUGUACCAAUGGGAGAAUUCUGAUAAAAAGCUACCACACAAGAGUCAUUUCAAAGAUGUAUCUGAGCUCCCAUCAGAAGUCUGCUUCUCUUUGUCCAAGACAAUGGAAGUUCUUUAUACAAAAAACGUAAUGGGUGCUGAGCUCAUGUUUAAGGGGAUGCUUGGAGCCACUGAAAGCUGGGAAAAAAUUGAGGAUAUGGAAAACAUCUUUUGGUCUAAAAAGACACAAAUGUCAGAGUAUGUUUCAGAGCACUGGAAGGAAGACGACUUUUAUGGAUCCCAGUUUCUGAACGGAGUCAACCCCAACAUGAUCAAGCGCUGCUCAGAGCUUCCCCCAAACUUUCCAGUCACAGAGGAGAUGGUGAAGCCGUUCCUGGCAGAGGGAACCUCUCUGCAGAAGGAAAUGGAGAAAGGUAACAUAUUCCUCUGUGACUACAAGGUAUUGGAUGGAUUACCAACUAAGGUUUAUGAUGGUGAAUCUCUGCACGUGACUCCUGGUUUCAUAAUGUUCUACUUGAAUCCCGAAAACAAACUGAUGCCAAUUGCAAUACAGCUGUAUCAACAACCCUCUGAGCAGAACCCCAUCUUUCUGCCCAGUGACCCAGAGACUGACUGGCUGCUGGCCAAGAUGUUUAUUAAAAAUGCAGACUUGUUGCAACAUCAGGCAGUCUAUCACUUCACAAACUCUCAUGGUUUGGCAGGAGUCUUUACUGUUGCCACUCUGCGCUGCUUCCCUGUGUUUCAUCCCCUCUACAAGCUGCUGAUCCCUCAUUUCCGUUACACUCUCCAAAUAAAUACUAUGGGACAGAAAUCUAUUUAUGGACCUGACGGCAUUUUGAGUAAAACUUCAGCUGGACUCCAGGGGAACAUAGAGCUCGCGGAAAAGGCUCACUCUGAAUUGACCUACAGCUCCCUCUGUCUGCCAGAGAACAUCACUGCACGAGGACUGGAGUCCAUACCCAACUUCUACUACAGAGAUGAUGGCCUGAAGCUGUGGGACAUCAUCUACAGCUUUGUGAAGGCAGUGGUGGAGUACUAUUACCCCUCAGACAGUGAGGUGCUGAAAGACACUGAGCUGCAGGAUUGGAUCAGUGAGAUAUUCACACAUGGCUUCUUGGGAAACAAAACUUCAGGGUUUCCAUCAGAGUUUCACACUGUUGAGGAAGUGAUCAAGUUCAUCACAAUGAUAAUCUUCACAGUGACAGGUCAACAUGCUGCAGUCAAUAAUGGACAGUUUGACUACUACUCUUGGAUCCCCAAUGGCACGCUCCUGCUGCGCAAACCUCCACCAACCACUAAGGGGCAGUCAAGCAUGAAGACAAUUUUGGAGACCCUCCCAAAUGUUGGCGAGACAGUGAAAUUUGUAGCCAUGGGGUGGACGCUUACAAACAAGUACACAGAUGUGGUUCCCUUGGGUUCAUACCCUGAUGAACGAUUUGAUGAGCCUGCCCCUAAGCAGAUGAUGAAGGAAUUUCAAGCAGAGUUGUCCAACCUCAGUGAAGAAAUAACAACAAGAAACUAUCAGCUUGUAGUACCCUACACAUAUCUGAACCCUCCUGUGAUAGAGAACAGUAUAACUAUUUAACUAAGCCUGAUAAACCCUUUUGUUUUAUUUUUCUGCAUUAGUCAAUAUCCAUAACAUCAUUAUACCUGUAUUGCAUGCUGGGUUGUGUGUUAAAAUUAUAUUCUGGGUUGUAAGAUGUUAAGUGGGACUAUAAGGGCACCUAUAUCUUUGUGUGAAUUAAGUGUU